GGUGAAGCAGCGGGGGGCGGGGCCGGGCCUGGGGCCGUACAACAAGAUGGCGCCGCCCAGAGGGGAAGUGCGAGGCUGCGGCGAACAUGGCGGACGAGGAGGAGGAUCCGCCGUUUGAAGAAGACACUGAGGAAGCCGGAGGAGGCCCAGAUGGUGGGCAGGGCAAGAGGAAAAGGCUGUUCUCCAAAGAGCUAAGAUGUAUGAUGUAUGGGUUUGGAGAUGACCAGAAUCCCUACACAGAAUCGGUAGAUAUUCUUGAAGACCUGGUGAUAGAGUUCAUCACAGAGAUGACACACAAGGCAAUGUCAAUUGGACGGCAGGGUCGUGUACAGGUUGAGGAUAUUGUCUUUUUGAUCCGUAAAGACCCACGGAAGUUUGCUAGAGUAAAAGACCUGUUGACUAUGAAUGAAGAACUGAAACGAGCCAGGAAGGCUUUUGAUGAAGCAAACUAUGGAUCUUGAUGCUUUUGUGUUGUGCAGAGAUGGUAAACGUUAUGGCUACAUGUUAUCCCUAUACUUUUUUUUUAAAAGCAAUUCUUUUUUUCAAUACUGAGAAACUAACCCCUACUGCUUUGAGUUUGUUUUUGUGGGGUUUUUUGUGUGUGGGGGUUUUGUUUUGUUUGGGGGUUUUUUUGGAUGGAUUUCAGUGCUGAAGUGUCUAAAGCAGCAUUUACUGGUUAGAACUGCCAGAUAAGCCUGUAAAUGUAUCUUAAUAUUUUGUAUAUUCUUUUUAUGCUAUUUUAAGAAAAGGCAAGGGAGUUCAAACUAGAAGUGCUCUAGAAGUUCUUCAUGCUUGUUUGUCGCACCUCUUGUUUUGAGCUAUGGCAGCCUGUCAUGUACAAGAUGACUGACUAGAAAGCUAAAUGAGAAGAGAUGCUUGGCGACUGUGCACAGUUCUCAUUAGAUUCAUAUAUCCUUCACCUGAUCCACCAAGUUGAUUUCAAAGGAAUAAUUGAAAAAUUAGUGUUUGAACAUCAUUAUGUUUGGAGAGGUUUAAACAGUGUAGUUAGCCAAAGUAUUGAAACUUCUACUUUUUGCACGUCUUCUCUUUAUAAGGGGGUAUUUAUGAAUAAUAAAAUGUUUUAACAGUU